AUGGCAACAUUUAUAUUUGGUGAAUAUUGGUGGAAUUGGAAAGGAACUUGGAAAUGGAAAUAUACCUUGUUGAAUUUUAAAGAAGAAAAUGAAGAAGGAAAUAAUAAAAAAUCCAUUAUUUCACUGCAUAUUACUAAAGAAUGUUUUGAUAAAUUACCAGAAUUUACAUGGAGAGAAGUUAAUGAACGUGUCCAAUGUAAAGGGAUUAUUGAGCAGAUUAGUAACAUUCCAGAAAUAAAGUCUGUUCCAACUGGUAUGUCAACAUCAGUUUUAGGGCAGUAUACAGAUAUUUUACGUGAGAGAACCAAAAAAUACACAACUGAAAAAAAUUCAGUUGCACAAGUUGUUGAUGAUAUGAAUGUUAAAUAUUUUUUAAAGGCACCUUUGGCUAUACACCAACACAGUUUGUUUGCAAUUAAGAAAAUAGCAACAAUGGUUGUAGCAAAAUUAAAAGAAACCCCAGAUGUUGUUAUUGGAUCACCAAUAUCACCAAUAUCACCAAUAUCACCUGCACCAAUAUUUGGACCAACAAAUGUUGCAUAUCUUAUAUGGAUUACUGUAAUAAUAGCAACAUUUAUAUUUGGUGAAUAUUGGUGGAAUUGGAAAGGAACUUGGAAAUGGAAAUAUACCUUGUUGAAUUUUAAAGAAGAAAAUGAAGAAGGAAAUAAUAAAAAAUCCAUUAUUUCACUGCAUAUUACUAAAGAAUGUUUUGAUAAAUUACCAGAAUUUACAUGGAGAGAAGUUAAUGAACGUGUCCAAUGUGGAGCAUAUUUAGUAGUUUGUGAUGGAUUUAUUGUUAGUAAAGGGAUUAUUGAACGAAUUAAUAUACCAGAAAUAAAGUCUGUUCCAACUGGUAUGUCAACAUCAGUUUUAGGGCAGUAUACAGAUAUUUUACGUGAGAGAACCAAAAAAUACACAACUGAAACAAAUUCAGUUGCACAAGAUAUAAUUAAUGGUGUAGAACUAGAAGAGUAUGAAAUAAGUAGUAGGGGUAUGCUAACUAUAACAUAUGCACUAAAUAUACCAGAUCAAGGUUGGAAGGGGGAAUAUGGUAAAAUUGAUAAUGAAAUGAUUUCAAAUUGGUUAAGUUCAAAAUCAAGUAAAUUUGUUAUUGAUGAUGAAAAAGUAAAAGGCCAAGUAUUGUACAAUUUAAUAUAA